AUGAAUUACCGUGAUGAUGAAAAUUCGCCGUCUUACGUCAGUCUCUAUCCAACAAGUGGCCCAUACAACUCGUCCAUAGCCUCUUCAGCCUCGUCCUCUGCAGCCUCUGUUUGGUCUGAUGUGGCUUCACAAUCCUCAGAUGACUCCUCAGUGACUGGUCCCUCAUCAGAUUCCGACUCCUCAGAGACAUUCUGUCCACCAACAUUGCCAGCGCCCAUCCAAAGAGGCGAACAAGGUACAUCGGUCGCCACAUACUGGCCGAAACAACAGCUUCCCGAAGUAGCCCCAGAACAAAGACAACACCCAAGAAGAACCAGUGCAGGAAGCGUUCAGCCAAAGUGCCCUCCUUCCUUGGUACGACAAUGCGAUCGCAAGGUCAACUUUGUUGAUAGCCUCGUCGGUAAGAUUGACAAAAUCCUCGAGUAAUAAGUCCUCCCACUCAAUAACCUCCCCAGAUUCCUCGGCUCAAAUUGUGGAAGCAAUAUGGCCUCUUUCCUCGGUUGUAUGUCGUAGUGACCUGGGCAACAAGGGUGUCCUUCCUCUACGAACCUUCAUUCAAGAGACCCUCCGAAGAUCAAGAACCAGUUACUCGACCCUGCAGGUGGCCUUGUAUUAUUUGAUCUUGAUUAAGCCUCAUGUCCCCAAGCAUGAUUUUACCAUGGAACAACCCGAAGACGCCCAUUCCUCCCGCGCUUUACAAUGCGGUCGUCGCAUGUUCCUUUCCGCUCUCAUUCUCGCCUCCAAGUACCUUCAAGACCGAAACUAUUCAGCUCGCGCGUGGAGCAAGAUUUCGGGCCUCAAUACUUUGGAGAUCAAUCAAAACGAGCUCGCCUUCCUUUUAGCCGUGGAUUGGGAGUUACAUAUCACCGAUGCCGUCUUCCAACGAUGGACCGACAUUGUGCUCAAAUACACCCCUACACAACCACCAUCGCCAGGUUCAUCGUGCCCUCGACAUGCUGAGCAGACGGCUGAUUGGAAAGCUAUUAUUCUUAGGCUCAACCCUCAAUUGGAUAACAUUGAAGGUGUUUUGCCAUCGACAUCUGCCAAGGCAAACGUCAAAUCUAUUAGUGCAUCAAGUCCACGAUCUUGCGCAUUCGCCGCGGACCGCACCUCUUCUGGAUAUGGUUCUCAAGAGUCUACCCCAACCCCAAAGUACUAUACUCCCAGCAUUAUGGAGCCUUCUCCUUAUACUAGUUAUUCCGCAAGCAAACCUGCUCCCGCUCUUGGCCUACUCCCGACCCCAAGAUUGACCCCACAGAGCUCUGGAUUCAACACCCCUGCAGUGAGUGCCGCUUCCUACAUGCUCGGCAAAUCUUCGAUGAGUCUUGCAAUGACACACGCCACCAACGCAUGUGCCUCUUCAUUGACUGAGCGAUGGCCAACUUCUUCACCACAAUCUUAUGUCUCUGGUCGACGGUCAUCUUUGGCAAAUUCAGUUUCUUCCAUGUCCUCCCCCGAGUCCAUGGUCUCAGACAAUUCAUCACGAUCAUCUUCCCGCUCAUCUUCCAUCUCGUCUGCAUCGUCAUUGAUGAGUGCGCCGACUCCCUCCAAGUCCUUGGAUAUUCAGGCGCGCUGUCGAUAUGCGAAGCUUUGCAAUGAAAGACAGCUAAGAACCGUGAUUGCUACCGUCCCAGAAUACUGUGAUGAAUCAUCUUCAUCGCCAGAGUCUUACACGGCUCCAGUUGGCAAAGAGUUCCUUGAUAUGUCAUUGAGCACACCUUGGGCGAGAAGAGAGUGUGAGAUCGACUACUUUACCAAGACUGAAGAAGCUGCGCGUGCACUGCAAGAGCUUCAAAGUCAUCCUCGAUCGGUGGAAUCACCAACUCGAGGUUGCAAGCGUAGUCGACCAAAGUCAAUUGACCACUCACUGCAAGAAAACGUCCGAGGCAUGUUGGAUGGCCAAUACCGUUCUGAGAACUGGUCCGACGAUGUCGUUAGAUCUCGUGCUGUUCACGCAGGUGCCCGUCAAGUUCCUAUUCAAUCAACCAAUAGUGCUUCGAUGGGACGAAAGCGUGUCUGCUGUGCAACUGAAGCUCAACGUAGCCUUUCACAAUCCAACAAUAUGCAUCCUGCUUUUGGCGGCUUUGGUGGCGUGGGAAUGUGGAAUGGAAUCCUUAAUUAAUUGGAAUGAUUCAAUUGGGCUCCCCAACAAAAUCCGACUUAUACAUACGUCCUCCAAAACAAAACAAACACCCUUGUUACAACAGUCGUCAUUUUUUCAUUUGUCCAAAAUCCGGGGGUGGUGGGGGAGUAUAUUGGCUGCAUAUAAUUCAAUGCGUUGUCUGCCGAACAAUAUUUUAUUUUUGAGUGUGAAGCGACCUCAUCACAUUCAGUUCCUCGCAUUUCCGGAAACCAGGUGGAUUCAUACUUUUCUGGGGAGUUCUUUCUCAGAGUUCGGGUUCAUCUUGAAGGUUUUUAGAAAGGGGAAUCAUAUCUAAUGGGGUCUUGCUUCGACAAGUCCUAUUUCCUCGGAGUUUUCCGCCUUUGCUGCAAAUUCUCACGGAUAUAAUUUUUCUCGAUCUUCAUAUUCUGGUUUUCAUGGUGUGAUUUCUUCGUCGUCGCGGCAUUGCAUGCAUGGGAUUCAGUUCUUGUGCUUUUGCGCUGUGGGGAAGGAAGGAGCCGCCCGAGGAAUCAAAACAACACCUUGUACGUUUAGGGAGUGGUCUUUUAUUUCGUAGAUGGAAAUGGGAGGGACUGGUUUGCAUUUGAUGGAUCUUCAGAUGGAAGUGGGUGAGUGGCGGUGGAAAAUGGCAAGUGGAAGAUCUUGGCUUUCAUGAAUGCGGGGAUUUUCUUCUCUGAUUUCUGAUCUGACUUUUCUCUUUUCCUUCAAUUUCCUUUCUUCUCUUUGUUUUCAAAAUUCUUCAAUACCCUGGGUACCCUUGUUGGGGGGGGUUUUUUUUUAAAAGAAAAAUCAAUUUGAGUACGUAUCUGAAGCUGGUUGAGCUUAGCUCUGAUCGGUGGCCGGGAUGUGUAUUUUAUUUUACUUGAGGGAUUAGACGUGAGAUGAAAGAGGAGAUGAAAUGAAAUGGAAUUGAGACUAUCUUGAUA